GAGCCAGCAAUGGAAUCUUGGUCAGUUGAUCAAGUCUGCAGUUGGUUGGUGGAGAAAAAUUUAGGAGAGCUAGUGCAUAGAUUUCAAGAGGAAGAAAUAAGUGGGGCCGCUCUUCUAGGACUUAAUGAUCGGAUGGUUCAGCAAUUGGUAAAGAAAAUUGGACACCAGGCUGUGCUCAUAGAUCUAAUAACAAAAUAUAAGCACAACAGGCAAGGGCUGAGGUCCCCUGAAAACGCUGCAGAGACAGCCCUGGUGAGGCAAAUAGAAGCAUCCCCAGAUUACCUGGAUGAAAAUUCCUCUGGUUCAGCUGGUCACUGGCAGCAGAUGCCCUCAGUGUAUCCAGCACAAUACCCUGACAAUGGAGUGGUUGAUCGAAGAGUCCUGAAACAGAGGAAGAAUGUGAAGCAUAUUCUAGGAAGGAAUAAAGCCUUGUCGUGGACUAAGGCCUAUGUUUUACCAGAGUUCCCCUAUGAUGUCAAGUGCAUGUUGGCGGAGCACAAGUGUCCUGACCACAGCAUGAGGAUAAGGAUGAUCGAGUUCCUCCAGGCAGAUAUGACGAAGUACCUGGAAGGCUCCCUGUAUCCCAGCACCCAGCAGUAUAACAGAGUGGUCAGCGCCCUACUGCAGGCCCACCCUUUCCUGGACGAAGAUGGCUGUGGCUUUAUUUUAUGGAAACGAGCCCUCAAAGAUCGAUUUAAAUAUGUUCGAAGACCCAUAGAAGAUGAUGAACAAGUGAUCAGAAAUAAGUGUAAAUUUGGACACCGAAAAGCCCAGGCGCGGAAAUCCUUUGCUGACCUGAGUUGUGAUGAAAUUCAUAUUGUCCAGAUAAAAGAAGAAGGCACUUGUGUAGAUUCUGAGGUAAAUGAACAUAUUAGCUGGUUCCAACAAGAAUAUGCAAAAACCGAUAGGAACUGGAUAGAAAUUGACAGCAGGAUGAAACAAACUCUGCAAUUUAGAAGAAAGUUAAUAGAUGGCAGAACACCUCUGAAGGACAUUCUUAAAUUGUUUCCCUUCUUAAAGUGCCCUCAUCAGAUGUUCAGAGAAUUCCAACUGCUCACAAGAACAGAUAUUUACAAGAAAACGAAGCACAUUUUGGAAUCCUAUUCAGAAAAUAUACUGAAUUCUUAUAUAGUAAUGUAUAAUCCAAUCAAUAUUGCUUUGCAAGAAAAACUGACACAGUACACAGAUGAAGAGAAGUUGAAACAUAUGAAGAUGACGGCCACAUGUUUACUCUUACCAGAUGUUUUUGGGGAUGAUCCCAGCCUUUUUGUUGUUGUGAAUGAGACGGUGGAGGCGUUGACACCUGUGUUAGAAGUUAAAAACCCCUUCGACAUUGAUGACUGUGAGUUUUCUUUGUAUGUAGAGAAAGAGGAGCUCACAAAGACGGCUGACUGUGUCACGGCCUUGGCUGCGCUCAUAGCUGCCUUUCAUGUGUUUGAGAUUAAGUGUCCACGAAAAUUGUGCAGAACCUUCCGCUUCCUAAAGACUCUGAUUUUUGACAGGCAUCUUCCCUAAUUUCCCUUUCUCACAGAAUGGGAUAAAAAAGGAUUUCUGCACCAGGUCAUUGAAUAG